AUGCCCUCAGAUGAUUACGAUGAAGAUGAUAACCUGUCUUUAGAAUUCUUGGAUCACAAUGUUAGUCAUAUGAGUAAUACUCCCUUGACUCAAGGGGCAUACAUCAACAACCACCACCACCAGAACAAUACUUCAUCAAACUCAGUAAACUUUGCUGAGCCGGUACCUCCACCUAUAUACCAACAGAACCAGUCGACUACUUCCCUUCAUGAAGAUUACUACAACCAACCUAUUUUCAAUGCCCCACCACAAGUACAAGGUGAUCCAUUUCAAGAAGACUACGAAAUGCAAUACCAAGGAUACAAUGCCAACUACAACCACGCAUUUGUUCCUCAUGCUUACUCCGAUGAUGAUCAAGAAGAAAGAGAAUUUGAUCAAAGAAUACAGUACAACCAAUUUGAAGGUGAUCAUUACGACUUGGCCACUGCCAGUUAUGUUGAUGAUGAUGCACAACCUGACUUUGUGCCUGUCCCUGUUGGAAAUUUAAUUGAUGAAGAACACGAAGAGGUCCCCGAUAGUCCUUUUGGUGAUAAUGUCGAUUUCCAACAACCACCUGACGAAGAAGAAGUUCGGGCAAAGAAACCCAUUCGUGCAUCAGGUAUCAAUGGUCAUUUGGUACUUGAUUGUCCUGUUGCAGAUGAGCUAUUAUCUAAAUUCCCCGACUACAACCCUGAUGAAAAAGAUGGUGGAUUGUCACGAGAAUUUGCAUUUAUGAGAUACACUGCUGUCACAUGUGGUCCGUCAAAUUUUUACCGUGAUGCCUAUAUCCUAAGACCGGUACACUAUCCUAUACCAAGACAAACAGAAAUGAUGAUUGUGAUAACUAUGUAUAAUGAAGAUGACAUAUUAUUAGGAAGAACUUUGAAAGGUGUUUUCAAAAAUAUAAAAUAUCUUGAGUCAAAAUCACGAUCAUCGACAUGGGGUAAAGAUUCCUGGAAAAAAAUUGUCGUUUGCAUAGUUAGUGAUGGUCGAACCAAGAUCAAUGAACGUGCACAAGCAUUGUUGGCCGGGUUGGGUGUUUAUCAAGAAGGGUUGGCUAAAAGCAGAGUUGAUGAUAAAAAAGUGCAAGCUCACAUGUAUGAAUAUACCACUAGGGUAGGCAUUAGUUCUGUUUCCGAUGACGUUGUCAAAUUGACUACUGAAAAAAUUGUCCCCGUACAAAUGUUAUUUUGCCUAAAGGAAACUAAUGCUAAAAAGAUUAAUUCUCAUCGGUGGUGUUUCCAAGCAAUUGGACAAGUUUUGGAUCCUAAGAUUGUCGUAUUAUUAGAUUGUGGUACCCAGCCAACGGGAAAAUCAUUGUACAAGCUAUGGAAAGAAUUUGACAAUGACCAUCGAGUCGCUGGUGCCUGUGGAGAAAUCAUUGCCUCGUUGAAAAAAAGACAAAUGAUAACUAAUCCAUUAGUAUACGGACAAAAUUUCGAAUACAAGAUUUCCAACAUUUUAGAUAAACCCACCGAAUCGUCAUUUGGAUUUAUAUCAGUGUUGCCAGGGGCAUUUUCAGCAUAUAGAAACAUUGCUUUGCAAAAUGAUAUAAAUGGACGCGGCCCAUUGGAAAAAUAUUUCAAAGGUGAGUUUCUCCAUUCUUCAGGUGAAUUGGAUCCUCAAGACGAUGAAUAUGAAUUGAAACGGACAUUACUUAAAGAAGAAGCAGGUAUUUUCACUUCUAAUAUGUACUUGGCCGAAGACAGGAUCUUGUGUUUUGAAUUGGUGGCUAAACAAGGAUGUAAUUGGGUGUUGCGGUACUGCAAAGCAGCAAGAGCUGAAACUGAUGUGCCUGAAGGGCUAGCUGAGUUUAUAUUACAAAGAAGAAGAUGGCUUAAUGGGUCCUUUUUCGCGGCUAUUUAUUCGCUUGUUCAUUUUUUCAAAGUUUGGAAAAGCUCUCACUCAUUUAGCCGCAAGAUGUUUUUGCAUAUUGAGUUUUUCUAUCAAUUGAUUAAUUUGAUUGUGUCGUGGUUUUCCAUUGGAUCGUAUUUCCUUGUUUUUCGCAUCUUGACUACAUCAUUAUCCGACUCAGAUUUGAGUUUUGCUCCCGGCAAUGUCCUUUCGGUGAUUUUCCUUUGGCUAUACUUAGCCUCCAUUGUCACUACGUUUGUUCUCAGUUUUGGUAACAAGCCAAAGGGAACCGAGCGAUUCUACAUUGUGAUUGUCAUUUUCUUUGCCAUUUUAAUGGCCUACAUGAUAUUUGCCGCUAUUUUCCUUGCUGUUCAUGCAAUUCAACAAAUUUAUAAAGACCAAAGUUUUUCCGUCCUGUUGUUUUUUGAAAAUGCCCAAUUUCGUGACUUGAUCGUGGCUACUGCAUCAACUUAUGCAUUAUAUUUCCUUGCUUCAUUCUUAUACUUUGAGCCAUGGCAUAUGUUUACGUCAUUCAUUCAAUACUUGCUUCUUUCGCCAUCGUAUAUCAAUGUGCUCAAUAUUUAUGCUUUUUGUAAUAUCGAUGAUGUGUCAUGGGGUACAAAGGGUGAUGUGGGUGGUAAAUCAUUAGGUGAAGCCAAAUUACGUGAAGAUGGUACUUUUGAUGUUAGUGUGCCCAUUUUAAAAGAAGAAAUCAAUCAAUCGUAUUUGAACCAAUUGGAAAAGAUUCGCGAUCCAGCACCACCACCAGAAAAACAAGUUGAAGUCAACACCGAAGAUUAUUAUGCAUUUAUUCGAUCAAUGACGGUACUCAUUUGGAUGAUUUCCAAUUUCGUCAUUGUUGCCGUUGUGUUGGAGACGGGUGGGUUUAAUCAAUUGGAUGGAAGUUCUUCCACUGAUGACAGUACUGAUUCAACAACGACAACAACGCGACUGGAAAUCUUCCUCACGGUAAUUUUAUGGACGGUGGCGUUCAUGGCGUUGUUUAGAUUCAUUGGAUGUAUUUAUUAUUUGAUUAGUCGGAUGGCAAGAAGAAUGAGGCGCAGUGAGCAUGCAACUAAAUAG